AUGGCACCUCCAACUCUUUUACCAGCCUCGCAGCUGUCGCCGGCAGACGCAUUGGCCGUGGCCCAGCAAGCUCCCGCGUUUCUGCGAAGCUCUCCCGCGACCGUGUCUUCAUCACCUCUCAACACCCUCCUCUACGGCUCCGAGAAGUCCGAGCUUUGGCUCCAGUACGAAAACCUGAUUCUGACAUGCUUGCGGACGGGCGACGACACGGCCGCGCACGCUGCCCUGAGGCGGGUUGUCAGUCGCUUCGGUGAUGACAACGAGCGGGUUCAGGCACUCCAGGGCUUGGUCAAGGAAGCCGAGGCGCAAAACGAUGGCGAAUUGGAGAAGGUGCUGAAGGAGUACAACCAAAUACUGAGCGUGAAUGACACCAAUAUUCCUGUUGCGAAAAGGCGAAUCGCGCUCUUGCGAUCCCUGGGCCGCGUCUCCGAAGCCGCAUCGGCGCUGGUGCAGCUUCUCGACUUCUCCCCGACCGAUUCCGAGGCGUGGUCGGAACUAUCGGAUAUCUACCUGUCUCAGGGCUUGUACUCACAGGCCAUCUACGCCAUCGAGGAGGUCCUCGUGCUGGCCCCAAACGCAUGGAAUAUCCACGCACGACUUGGCGAGCUGCAGUUCAUGGCCGCGACCGCACCGGGCGUAGCCAAUGGGUCGUAUCAACAGUACCUAGCCGAGGCGAUCAAGCGUUUCUCGCGAAGUGUCGAGCUGUGUGACGACUAUCUCCGGGGUUAUUACGGCCUGAAGCUGAUCUCAAAAAGGCUGCUCGCCGAUGGCAGCAAGCCGACGAAACAAGGCGACGGCAACGAGUUCGUGGUGCCCGAUACAAACACCCUUGAGCGGCUGAACGAGUUGGCCACGGCCAAACUUGCUGAGAUUGUCCGCCGCAGCUCUACAAAGGAGCGUGGAUGGGGUGGUUACAGCGAUACUGAGAUUGCAGCGGCUCGAGAGUUGCUUGCUGAGGAUGAGUCGCCCAUCAAGAGGUGA